AUGGGUGUUGAACAAUUAGCUGCGCCAGUGAAAACUAUUGAAGACAAAUGGAAGCUUGUUCCAGCUUUUCUGAAAAUCAAAGGGCUUGUCAAACAACAUUUAGAUUCCUUCGAUUAUUUUGUUAAUACUGAGAUCAAAAAAAUCAUGGAAGCGAAUCAAGAAAUUCUCAUCGAAUCCGAUCCUUCUUUUUAUAUGAGAUAUCUGAAUAUUGAAGUUCUUUCACCAAGUAUUGAAGAAGGUUUUAAUAUUGUCCGACCAAUUACUCCGCACGAGUGUCGACUUCGUGAUAUGUCGUAUUCGGCUCCGAUAUCUGUUGAUAUUGAAUACACUCGGGGUAACGAACGUGUAAUACGCAAAGGUUUAACUAUUGGAAGACUGCCGAUUAUGCUGCGAAGUUGUAAAUGUGUUCUUUAUCAAAAAGAUGAAGCGGAAAUGGCCAAGAUGCGAGAGUGUCCAUUGGAUCCAGGAGGUUAUUUUAUCACACGAGGAACGGAACGUGUUAUUCUAAUUCAAGAACAAAUAUCGAAAAAUCGAAUGUUGAUUGAAAAAGAUUCGAAAGAUCGCUUUCAAUGUACUGUAACAAGUACGACUCAACAAACAAAAACUAAAACAGGUGUUUACGAAAGCAAAGGACGAUAUUUUCUGGCACAUAACAGUCUUACAGAUGAUAUUCCAAUCGUGGUUGUAUUCAAAGCAUAUGGAAUUCAAUCCGAUCAAGAAAUUGCCGAAUUGGUUGGUUUUGAAGACGACAUUCUUAAUUGUUUUUCUGCAUCUAUUGAAGAAUGCCAUCGUUUAGGGAUUUUUACACAAAUUCAGGCAUUGAAACAUAUUUCACUGAGAAUGAAAAGUUCGUCAAAACAAUUUGCAUCGAAUCAAUCAACACGCCGAAAUCGAAUCGAUGAAGCACGUGAAUUGUUAGCACAUAUCAUCUUAGCUCAUGUGCCAAGGUUAUUGAAUAUGAUUAUAAAUUGA